AUGGAAACGGACUCCGGGGGGGAAUCACCCCCCCAUACUACUGCUAUAGAUGAUAAUAGAAACCUUACACAAGCAGAGCUAGAAAAUAUAAUUGUUUUUGUCGAAGCAAUGGAAGGCACGGGAAUUCAAGUAGGUCAAAGAAGGUAUCUACAGCUAGCAAAAGAUAUACUACUUAUUUCAAUUAAAUUUAACCAACAUUAAACGCAUACAAGUCAAGGCAAGGGAUAGGCUGGGAGUAGAGUUCCUGGAUUGCAAGUCAGCAAACUCUUUUGCAAAUAAAGAAC